AUGCUUAAAAUGAAUUCAGUACGGCGUGAGUUCAGCAAAUUGCCAGAUCUAAUCAUCAAGCUCACACGCCGGCAUUCCAUCAGCGAUAACCCAGAGGCAACCAGCGAGACCUCGAGUACCGAGAAGGUGUAUGUCUCAGCCGCGGCCCUUCAGAAUGCAUCACCGGUUUGGCGGCGAAUGCUCGACCCAGAAAACGGGUUCCAAAGCCUGCCUACAGAAGAAUUCGGAAAUGCGAAAUUACCAGUUCUCUCACUGGAAGACGAUGACGCGGAUUCAAUGCUUAUAUUGCUCAGAAUUUCGAUGCAUUACCGGAAUAGGGCUAUCCCAAAGUCCCUAAGCUACGAACAGCUACUCGAUAUUGCGAAUUUGUGUGACAAAUAUGACUGCGGGGACUUGGUACACCCUUGGCCUAGCUUUUGGAUUAAAGAGUUGAUGCAAAACAGCAACCAAUUGAACCCUGGUUACGAAGGAUGGCUGCGUAUCGGACACACCUUCAGUGAAAUUGACGGAAUGGAGUCGUUAGUAGAGCAACUGUCGGCACAAUUAGCGAAGGAGUGCUGUGAAUGGGAUUCGAAGACGUCGGAAAAAUUUUUGAGAUGGGAGUUACGUGAAAACUUGAUUUUGCUACCCGGCAACGGAUUUAGCGUGGCUACAGAUGAUAUACCAAGCCCUAUCCUAGGCGAGUCAGCCGGAAAAUCUCGUUUCCACCCCAAUCAUAAGGAUUAUAUCCCUAGCUGGUGCAAUACUGUCAAUAUGCACUGA